GACCACCGGCGAUGGAUAACAUCAAGCUAGGAGCUAACCUAUAAUGUUCUUUAAAGACCACACACAUCGCUUGCAGAAACGUGUGAGGAUGUGGGAGAAGCUUACACAGAACCACAAACACUCUGCAAUCUUUACCGAGUUCAUUUUGUUAGACUCAUCAAAUGACAACAAGCCUUUACACAUCUAUUUUAUGAGGUAGGUAGGUGUGCAGGACCUGCUUUAGGUUUAGGUGUUGUUGCCAGAAUAAACACACAUCUACUCACAAUCUGGAAGCAGGAGGAGGAGGAGGACAGGUCCUGCAGCUGAGGGGCAGGUAACCGGCAUCUCGCCAUGGCCACUGCACGCUUCCCCGGCAAGAGUGUGGACGUGGCUACCGCCAACUGGACAGCUCCGGCACUAGGCCGGCCCGUGUGUGUCAACGGGACACCGUGGAUCCUUUACCUGCUGGAGGAGUGUGUGGACAAUGUGUGGGAGUACUGCAGCGUGGUGAUAGGACUCAUAUCCAUGUUCUGCUUCCUGCUGUCCACUCUGCCGCAGGUCUAUGAGGCCUAUCGGAACGGUAAAGUGGAGGAGGCCAUGUCUUUUGGCUUUCUUUUCUUCCUCUUCAGUGGAGACUUGACCAGCUUUGCAGGCUGCUACCUCACCAGCCAGCUGCCUAUUCAGGUAGUCACAGUUGUGUUCUACAUCUUCACAGACCUGAUCCUCAUAUCCCAGUUUCUCUACUAUAAGAUCAAGAACAGUUCCAGCAGAAAGAGCCCCGUGUUGAAGUGGCUGUGCUUCAUGUGGUGUGGUGCUGCUACUUUAGUUCUCCUGGCUUUGCCCAAACUCAUCAUAGACAAUAGUGCAACUUUAGACACCCAGAGUCCAACUACCUCUAAAUCAGUGGAAAUCACUGGCUAUAUAUGUGGAUACCUGGCUUCUAUCUUCUACCUCAGCUCCCGUUUUCCUCAGCUCUAUAAAAAUUUCCAGCGACAGUCCACAGAGGGCACCUCUUACCUGUUGUUUGCCCUGGCCAUGAUGGGCAAUGGGACGUAUGGGUUGAGUGUCAUUGUGGUCCUGCCUGCACUGAAGGAGUCCAAACGGAACUUCAUCAUCAAACAUCUGGCCUGGCUCAUCGGCAGCCUGGGAGUCCUCAUACUUGACUUCUUUGUGACAACCCAGUUCAUCAUGUACAGGAACAACCGCUCUUCUAAAAGCAGCACACUGCUUAGAGUCCCAGAGGUGGAGCCUUUACUGUGUGAGGAAGAGGAACUGUCAGUGUUAUAGUCACAGAAUGCACACCAGCGUGGACCAUGCAGUCAAGAAUGGACCGCUCAGUCCAAAGGUUUGCUUUUGAUCAUUCUGUGGAACAACUUCAGAGAACAGAGACAUUUCAGAAGCAUUGUAGAAGCCACUAGCAGCCAAAUUCCAGUACACCUCUAUGGUCUUAUUUUCUGCUUUUCAGAUAACAAACAUGAUCAACUCUUGUUUGGUUUAUUGUGGUAAUAGGACGGGAAAAGCUACAGAAAAGAAGCCAACACAUUUUUCUUAACACCUGGGAUCCAGUUAAUUAAAUACCACUUUGAAAACGUCUGUCACUUUUGGCGAGUUAGCUUCAAUAAAAUCUUUUCCUACUAUCAUUUUUGAUACACCUUCCCACUGGGAUAACUUGAUUUUGUUUUGGAUGGAAUAACUGUAUUUUUUAUUGGCCACUGGGGACCAAACACGCCCAGAGGAGAAGGCAUAAUGCCAGACAUCUCUUCUCAAGUGCAAGCUUUAUGGAAAAAUGAAGUGCCUGUUAUAUUUACAGUUUUGACAGGGUAUAUUCGGCUUUAGAGGAUUACAAUAUUAUACUAUGAUGCAUGGUAUGGGGUUUAAGUUUCAUUACCUGGUUUGGUAUUAGAGUGCCAUAAAAUAUAUAGUAUGCAUGAGCACAAUAAUAGAGGAAUCAACACUAAUGUGUUUGUUUUCAUGUGAAGUUGAUUUCCCUGGUUUUUCAUUUACAGAUGGUUAACUGUUGCAAACAGGAAAUUCUCGUAAGCUAAACAUUUAAACACUCGAUCAUAGUAUUUAUGACGAUGAUGUUCAAAUGACUACAGGUGUAUAAACUGCCUCAUUUCUAUUACAAAUGAGAUGUUGCAUUUCCGAGCUCUCUGCUGUCCUGAAGAAACGUGUUGUCUGUGCCUUUUUUUAAAUGAAAUACUGUCUUAAUAUAAAAUGCACUGUAGAUCCAUUUCAAAACAAAAUAUUUUAAAAUUAAAUUUAGAUUUCUUAACUAUUGACAGUGAUUUCCUUACGCCACUGUUUUUCCUAGAAAAUGCAGCAAAGCUUUUUCUUUUCUUACCUUUUUUUUAUAUUCUAAAAUAUGAUCCGUGUCACUUAGUAUUGUGAGCAGUUCAAAUGUCUUGUAAGAGCACCCUCUUCAGUAACUUCCUCAUGACGUACAAAAGCAUUGAUUAAAGAAGACGUAACCGCUCGAUAAUGUUCUCAGAUGGAUCUCAAAAUGGGAACAUUAAUGAGAUGUUAUUGAAGACUUGUUGAAGUAAUGAGGCUCAAAAUUAGUUAGCACCUUUUAAGAUGUGUCUUAUAUUCUGUCAGCUCUCUUUAAAGCAGAGAAGAUGCUCUUGUCAAGUCACGUUUAUUUUUGGAACACUUUUUAUUAGCUUUAUUACGGUUGUUUACAGAGUAACAUAGAUGACGACAAAGCAGAGCAAAAAUAAAACAGAACAAAUAGUCUUAUUGAUGACAAGCACUUCAAGUUUUUGGACAUUCAUUUAGAUCAUCAGCAAAACAAAACGCUCAUUAAUGUUGUGCCAAAUGCUGUCUCUCUCUCUCUCUCUCUCUCACACACAGACACACACACACACACACACACACACACACACACAGUACGUGUGUGCUGCUGUCAUCUGGCCAUCUUCAUAACUUCAGAUUUCUCUACCUCAUUAUUAUAAUGUGGACAUGAUUUAUUUUUCUCUAUGUGUAAGAAGAGCUGGCUUGUAAUGGGAGCACAGAGGAAAUGGUCUGUCUCUACACGAAGGGAAAAACUAAUCAAGCAUGCAUUGCAUAUAAAAAUGUGAAAAACACAAUUCAUUUGGUAGCAUUCAAACGACAAUGUUGUCAGUCAUUCAGUGUUCGUUGGUCACUGUCAUCACAAUAACGCGAAAAACACGACUGGCUGUUAUUUCAGCCAGUCAGCUGAUGCAAUCAAUGUGGAAUUAUGUACAUAUUGUGAUAUUUCUUCUGAGUUUGUUUUCUGAAAAGUACAUUUAUUUGCAAAUAUAUGCAACUAUAUUAACUUUUUUUUAUAGAUUCAGUUUUUGCAAAUUGUUUUUCACGCUUUGAUCCCUUUUCAAUUUCUUCUAAAUAAGUCACAUAUACCUUUUCAAUCUAGCACAAAAGCUACAUAUUUAUUGUAUAGGUAUUACUGUAUAAUGUAGAACAUGUAGUAUUUAUAAUAGUUCUUACUUUAAUGGUGACACUGUUGCUAUGAUGUAUUUAUUUACUGACAAUGUCUUCUGAUAUUAACUGUUGUAAAACCACUAUGUAUGGUAAUAACUUGAAUAAACUGCAAUAUACCGUAAA